CAAAUCCUUCCUUAAUCUUGAGUCGGUGGUUAAAAUUUGAACCGGCAGUAAGUAGGUUGUUAAGUAACGCAUCUCAUAUUCUUAAAAUUCGUUCUCAAGAAUUUUUUUAAAAAAUAAUAUUCUUACAAGGACUUUUUUAAACCUUUAAAAGAACCUGGAAAAUACUUCUCCGUUUUCCAGGUCUGUGACAGAUUUACAGGACUGGAUUCAGGCCGUAUCCUCCACCCUUCCCCCUCCACCCAACGCUACCGGACCCCCUGUUACCUAUAACCCUGUCCUACCCUCUCAUGUGAAUCCAGCUCAGCCCCCACCCUACUCUACAGGACCUCCAGGACCCCCACACCAGGGAUUCCAGGCUCCUCGACCCCAGCAACAGCCUCGACCCCAGGGAUACGGAGGUAGUGGUGGAGGAGGUGGAGGUGGUGGAGGAGGGUUCCAGGGACAACCAAGAGGAUAUGGGGGAGGAGGAGGGUAUGGAGGAGGUGGAAUGGGAGGAGGAGGACCUGGGCAUACAACAAUUAUAAUGGGGGACAGAGGUGGUGAUAGAGACAGCGGUCCUGGGUUUGGAACAGGGAUGAUGGUUGGAGGACUCACCGGCGGCCUCCUGGGAUACGGUCUCGGCGGAGGCUGGGGAGGAGGUCAUGGUUGGGGCGGAGGAUACGGUUUUGGAGGCCAUGGAGGCCAUGGAGGAGGAGGAGGAGGUUAUUAUAAUUCAGAAACAAAUCAUACUGAAUCAUCAGAGGUGAAUAAUACAACAAUUAAUAAUUAUUAUGACGAAAACGGAGAUCUGCAGCAGAAUCCUGAUGUACCGGGAACUGUAGAGCAGAUUGAUGAGCCAGAGCCACAAGAAAAUUAUGAUGAAGGUCCUGGAGUUGAAGAUUAUGGCGGGGAAGAUUACGGCGGAGACGAUUAUGGUGGUGGAGACGGUUAUGGUGGCGAUGAUUAUGGAGGAGAUGAUUACGGUGGAGACGAUUAUGGCGGCGAUGAUUACGGCGGAGACGAUUAUGGUGGCGAUGAUAUGGGAGAUUUUGGAGAUUAAAUAAAGAAAAAAUAUUUUUCCAACAAAAAUUUUUAUGAACACAAAUUUUCAAUAAUAUAUAUUUUACACA